AUGGUUAUUCUAAACAAGGCAUACGAAUAUGAUGCGUUCUUGAGUUUUAGAGGUGAAGAUACCCGCAUGGGAUUCACAAGCACUUUGAAAGGCAUUUUGGAAAUGAGGACGAUUAAGACCUUCAUGGAUGAUGGGAUUCCAAGGGGAGAAGAAAUUUCUGCUGAACUUAUCAAAGCGAUUGGAAGUUCAAUGGUUUCGAUAAUUGUAUUCUCUGAAAACUAUGCAUCUUCCACUUGGUGCUUGGAUGAACUUGUCAAGAUUAUUGAGUGUAAGAAAAAUGGCCAAAUGGUUAAAGUGAUACCAAUUUUUUAUAAGGUAGAUCCAGCAAAAGUACGCCAUCAAAAGGGAAAGUUUGGAGAACAUUUAAAAGAACAUGAAAAAAAAAUUGAGGAUAAUAUGAAGAAGGUGCAAAAAUGGAGGAAGGCUCUAACUAGGGCGAGCAACUUUACUGGUCAUCACUACAAGGGCAACUACGGCCCCUCUGAAUUCAAAAUUAUCCAAGAUAUCUCUGAAGAGAUCUUAAGUGUUAAAUUAGAUUGCACGAAAAUUUCUGCUACAAAAUAUCUAGUUGGAAUAAAUUCUCGCAUAAGUGACGUCAUAUAUCGGUGUUUAGAUCUUCAGUCAAAAUUUUCCUGUACCUUAGGGAUCUAUGGCCUUCCUGGAGUGGGUAAGACAACAAUUGCAAAAGCUAUAUUUGACACAAUUCGUCAUCGUUUUGAUGGAAGCAGCUUUCUAGAGAAUGUUAGAGAAAAAUCAAAAAGAAAUGAUGUUGUAAUCCAACUGCAAGAGACACUUUGUAAUGAGAUCUUAGGGUAUCGAAAUUUGACGGUUGGGAGUACAUCUAGAGAAAACAAUAUGACAAUUGAGAGGCUGUACUACAAGGUUAAGGCAUUAAAUGUUCACGAAUCUCGUGAACUCUUUUGUCAACAUGCCCUUGGAAGAAAUAGACCUGAUAAAGAUUCUUUGGAACUUGUCAACCAAUUUAUACAUUAUGCCAAAGGUCUUCCAUUAGCUCUAAAAAUCAUUGGUGCAGAGUUGUAUGGAAAAACUAAUGAUGAAUGGAAAAGUGCAUUAGAAAAGUAUAAAAGAUAUCCUAAUGGAGAUAUACAAGAAAUACUCAAAAUAAGCUAUGAUGGAUUGGAACAACCUCAACAAGAGAUUUUCCUUGAUAUUGCAUGUUUCCUUAAAGGAGAAAAGAAGGAUUUUGUUGUAGAUAUACUAACCAGUAUCUAUUGCUAUGAACCACAUCAUGAUAUUAAAAGACUUAUUGAUAAGUGUCUCAUAGCUGUUAGUAGAGAUGGCAAACUAUGGAUGCAUGACUUGAUUCAGCAAAUGGGACAAAAUUUAGAACAAAGCAGGCUAUUGUGUUACAAGGGUGCUCCUCAAGCACUUAUUGUAAAUAAGCGGACAUAG